AUGAAAUCGCCUGCCAGAAUCAUCGGAGUGGCCUUGCUCAUCGCGUCUGUCAUUGCGGUUCCUCUCAAGGAAUUCCAAACACGCCAUGAGAUCCGACGAUCCGCGGGAAAAGAGCGCCGCACAAGCCGGCCUUAUAUCCCCGGUACAUCAGACGUACUUCAUCCAAAUGGAACGUCUCAGAAGACUUACAGCUCAAACUGGGCUGGUGCAGUCCUUAUUGGUACCGGAUAUAUUUCGGUCUCUGCAGACUUUACUGUCCCUGUCCCCCGAUCUCCAAAAAGUGCCGAUCCCAACACGAACUACUGUGCCUCUGCGUGGGUUGGCAUCGAUGGUGACACCUGCAAUACGGCCAUUCUCCAAACGGGUGUCGCCUUUUGUAUUCAAGGAGGCACUGCAUCGUAUGAUGCGUGGUACGAAUGGUAUCCAGACUAUGCCCAUGACUUUUCACCCAACAUCCGGAUAUCUGCCGGGAAUGUGGUCAGAGUAGCAGUUAAUGCUACAUCUAAAAGUUCCGGCACUGCUACCAUUGAAAACCUGUCCACUGGUGAAUAUGUGUCUCACAUAUUUCCCAAUGCUCUUGGGGGCGAUCUUUGUGAGUACAAUGCGGAAUGGAUUGUGGAAGACUUUACGGUGAACAAUGCAAUGGCUCCCUUUGCCGACUUUGGCACUGUGGCGUUCACAAAUGCAGAGGCUUCAGACGGCACGCACACUUACGGACCCUCGAACGCUACUGUUAUGGAUAUCUAUCAGGGCCAGGUGCUUACCUCGUCUUCUGUCACCGAGCGUGGUGUUAUCGUGAGCUACACUUGA